AUAUCUCUUGCAGUCUUCAUCUUCGUCACGAACUACGACAACACCAAAAACUCGGACGAUAAUUCAUUUCUCUAAUUCCCCACAAAAUAAAACACAGAUAAUUGUGGGGAAGAGAGAAAACCAGAGAGAGAUAGCGAGAGAGAUGGAGGUGGCCAAUGGGUGGGGCGUGGGACAAGCAAUCCCCCUGCCUCAAUUCGGACCCAAUUGCUGCUCCGGCUUCUUACCCAACACCAAGUCCAAAUUCAACACUUCCAAUAAAAAUCUGAGCGUUGUUCUCAGUUGGGGCUGCUCUGUCCAGACCAAGCUCUCACCUUCUUCGUCUUCGAGUAGUAGCAGGAGUCGAAAGAGCUCGAAUUUGUGCUGCCGGUGCAGUGAGAGCAACAGAUACAGUGAGGACUGUGUUGGGUCGUCUUGGGAAUGGGAUUGGAAUCGGUGGAGCCGCCAUUUCUCCGAGGUCGAACAGGCCGAGAGCUUCGUCUCUGUUCUCAAGUUUCAACUUGAAGAUGCAAUUGAGAAGGAAGAUUUCCAGGAAGCUGCAAAACUGAAAAUGUCUAUUUCAGAAGCUACAUCAAACGACACUGUUGUUGAGAUCAUGUCUCAAUUGAAGAAUGCGAUUGAGGAAGAGCGUUACCGUGAUGCUUCAAGGUUGUGUAGACACACAGGAAGCGGACUGGUAGGUUGGUGGGUUGGGUACCCAAAAGAUUUAGAUGAUCCUUUUGGAAGGCUAAUACGAAUAACUCCUGGUGUGGGCAGAUUUAUUGGGAGGAGUUACAGUCCAAGACAGUUGGUUGAAGCAUCACCGGGAAGUCCCCUAUUUGAAAUUUUUGUGGUAAAAAAUGCUGAUGGGACAUACAUUAUGCAGGUAGUGUACUUACACCAACCCAAAGGCAGUUCAACAAACUCCGCUGUUGCACCUUCCAAACCUGAAAAAGGCUCAUCCACUUCCGAACUUGAGAGUGCAACCAUAGUAGAUGUACAGAAAAAUGAAGGCAAGGCAGAGAGCAGCGAGUUCAAGGGCAUUAAUAUUGAGGGAGCAGCUGAGGAGGGGAUAAAAGGUGUGUUAAAUUUUCUUAAGACAAAAAUUCCAGGACUGAAAGUUAAAGUCAUGGAUGUUGAUAUUGCUAAGGAAGUGAAAGAGGAUGACAAUUCUGUGAACCAAUUGAUGCAAGAAAAUAGUGACUCGUCAGAUUCUGAUGAGAAUUCUGAAGACGAAGUGAAUAAUUUGGAUGAAAUUCAGUCUGACGAGGUCACUCUAGGAGAAGGUAUUGAUACCAUAGAAGAUGAAAAGGAUUUGGAUAUGAAACUUUUUAUUGGUGGGGUUGUACAUAAUAAUGAGGAUGUUCCUACCAAGGAUGAGUAUGUGCGUUGGCCUGCUGAAAUCAAAGAUGGGGAGAAAGAUUCUUUUGUGUUGCAUAUUCCAGGGAGAAGCCUAGAUCACGACACGGGAGAAAGUAAGGCAUCUAAGUUCAAGGUGGCAGCUCUAGCACCUAAAAGUGCCCCUGAGCUCAUGCCUUCUGAGGUUGCCAAGGCAUUUUUUAAUUCUGACAAGCUUUCUUCAAAGAUGACACGGAAUAUGCGUGAAGUAGUCAAGUUUGCCGUUAAUCAAGCUCAGAAGUGGAAUAGAUUAUCUGAGUAUACAAAGUUUAGUCGCCUCAACACCUUUAGAGGAGAUUUGGAUCCAUUUGAAGGCCUGUAUGUUGGUGCAUUUGGCCCUUACGGCAAGGAGGUAGUGCAACUCAGGCGUAAGUACGGGCACUGGAAUAGCUCAGAAGGCAAAGAAUCUGUAGAUAUGGAGUUCUUCGAAUAUGUUGAGGCAGUUAAACUAACUGGGGACCUGAAUGUUCCUGCUGGCCAGGUGACAUUUCGUGCUAAAAUUGGGAAAGGGAACCGCCAAUCUAACCGUGGAUUGUAUCCAGAUGAAUUAGGAGUGGUUGCAAGUUACAAAGGACAAGGAAGAAUAGCAGAAUUUGGGUUCCGGAAUCCACAGUGGGUUGAAGGAGAACUUCUCCAACUCAGUAACAAGGUGAAUAAACCAGGCAUUGGACCAUAUGUCAAAAGUGCAGAUCUUGGUUUUCUUUACAUCGUCCCAGAGCAAAGUUUCCUUGUACUGUUCAACCGCCUGAAACUACCAGACUGAACCAAUGAUUCCCAAUCUGUUCGAGUUUUUACCACUUCGAUUUGGCAAGCAAAUAUGUAAGAGAAGAGUUCUUUUAAGUGUAUCGUAUCUGAGCAAAUAUAUAUAGACGGUUGAUUCCCAAUCUGUUCGAGUUUUACCCCGUUGUAACUCCAUGAGCUGUAUAUCAUUUUUGCUGAACCGAAUAUAUAUAAGACUGGUACCGAAACUACAACGAGGCUCCGAAUCAUGAGCAUUUCCGGACA